CCCCCUGCCGUUCUUCGAGAGUCUUCUUCCCCACCCCCCUUCUGUUCUCUCUCUGUCUCUGUUUCUUCUUCCCCGCCCCCCCUUCUUCUCCUCCUCUUACAUUUUUUUUGCUUGUUUUUUCUUUUUUACCGCCGUGAGCCACCAUCGUCGCGUUCGUCGUGCCUUGCCGGUGACAACCAUUCUUCCCUCACGACCUCUCUGGCGUUUCCUUUGAAGAAAAGGUUUCAGGCUUAUUUCACCCUCUCGUGUGUAUUAACAAAGAAGACCCGAAAACUCUCGAAUACUCCCCAAAGCUAGCAUUAUUAUAAUGCUGCAUGUUUUUCAUAAGCUAGACAAUUUCAGAAAUAUAUGAAUGGAAUUGGGACCCGUGACCAUAUUCCUAAAACCCCAAUCCAAAUUCCAAAAGAAUAAUGCCUCAACAAACUAGCUAGACAUCAUAAAACCAUGUCACACUCGAGCAUUUGCGAACCUAAACCACAAAUUAAAAGGUGACCACCACUCAUAUCAACCUUUAAUCUCAGGAUUUGAAAUUUUGUACCAUCCCUCAAAUGGGCACAAAGAUAAAUUGAAAAUGAAACUGUUUGAACAACAGACCGACCGCACGAUCUCGCCAGCAGUCUAACUCGAUUUAUUUUUUCCUACUUUUGAAUUGUUUAUUUUCGUUUCAAAUAAAAAUGAAAGUUGAAAACUUGAAGUAGCAUUUUAUACCGACUCAUUAUAACUUACCAAAAUAAAAUUAAAGUCGAAAUAACAGUUUUGAGUUCCGUGCUCGAUAAAUCGAUUUUUCCUUUUUAUGUGCACAAUCCAAGCUCAGGUCAGGUUGAAUGAGUCAAGUUCGUCAAGAUAGACUGUAAUUAAUAAAACUAAGUUUCUUCUGUACUAUUGCAAUUUGUCUAUGCCCUCUAUAAAUGGUACGUGACCUUUCAACAAAAACAAGAAGUCUGUUAAAUCGUACCGUAGAGAGAGAAUUCCCAGAGUGAUGUUAAACUCAAAAAAGCAAUAACCCAAGGUUUUGAGUCUCGGGAUCAUUGGACAUCCACAGCCCACCCUCCUUUGUCACGCGAAUGUUUGUGUAGUUUGUACUUUGUACGAAUAACACCUUCAAGGUUGUCAGACUUCUUUCCAGGAAAAACAGGUCCGUUAUCAGCAGCAAUGAUACUUCCAAACCCAACGUUAUAUGUUUGGAAAAGAAAAUGGAAUUCGAUUACGUUGGAAAGCGGAAGUUAUAGUGGAUACAACAAUGAAUUGCGAGGGAGAGAUGUUUUGGAAAGAGGCAAAACGGAGACUCUAUCAAUUCAUUACUAAACGGUAACCUCUAUACAGUUUCUAAACGGUGCUUGUAGUCGUCGUUUCUUUUUCUUUCGAAGAGACAAUUUCGAGGGGGCUGUUGGGCAGAGAGGUAGAGGAAAAACCUGGGGGGGUAAAUGGGAGAGAAAUAGGGAGAAGGGAGAGACGGAGAGAAAGAAGAUUCAGGAGGGGAGAAACCGUCAUGGGGGCAGGGAGGGGGGGAGUGGGGAGGGAAAAGGAAGGAAGGAAGAAGAGGAAGGAGAAACCGUAAUAGAUCGCAUAUGCUGAAAGAUGGAAAUUGAGGAAGUAAUGUCUGAUCUUCUUGCCCUGAGACAAUUAUAUGGACUCCUUCAGAAUAUUGGAUACGGCUUUCGAAACAAAAGCUCAGAAAAUUUGGAUGAACAUGCUCGGCUUUUACUAAAAAAUCUGCUCGACAAUGCUACAGAGAGGUUUUUUGAGACUCAUUCAAAGAUUAUAGCGGCGCAAUCAGGUGUCUCUAAAACUCCCUUCCCAUUCGAGCCACCCAAGGCCGCGCGAAAGUCAAAUUCUCCUGUUUUACCAGAUAAGUUAAAAGCUUUCCCCAGCAUCACUCGAAACUCCAGCGUAGAUUCAAAAUGCCAAACAGUUACUUCACAGAAAGAUGAGCGGCUGCCCAAGAAGCCAACCUUUGAGGGCGCAGCUUCUGAGCUUUAUAGCUCCAAUAAACCCGAGUAUAGAAAGAAACGAUGCCGGAAUUGUGGGCGUCGGAGAAUGAAGCCGCGUAAAACAAGUCCAAACAAAGGCGUUAAUCCUCUAGAUGGUGAGCGACGCAAUCAGUCAAGCCCUUUCGAUGGUGACAACAGGCAAGCAAAAGGAUCACCAGACGUAGAAGUGAAGAGUGUUGAGGCAGUCCCGAGGAGUAACGAAAAUCCAUUUGGGCAGCCGAAAACAGCCCAUCAACUUCAAAGUUGUCACCGAAGCAUGGUUAAUAAUAGCUCAAGCCAUUUGGCGAGUGGGGAAAUCGAAACAGGAGUUGAGGUGGCCAGUCAGACAGGGAAGAUGCCAGACGAAGCCGGUGAUUUUUCAGAGGAUGUCACCAAUGCAGUCAAACGUAUCGAGUCCCGUAUUUCAGCUUUGCAACAAUAUUGUUCUCAGGCUGUGGAAUCUACCAAGACCUGUGCAGCUUGGGGGGGGAUACCCAAGUCUGAAACCCCCCUAAUGCUGUCGCUGUCAAAAGAAGGGUUGGCUACUAGGAGUGAGCUCAGUUAUGGUGGCGAAAAAGUAGUACUGGGUCGGCAAGCGACUGGAGUCGGUAGGAAAUACGAUAACAUUUUGAGCCCAGCACAGCAGCUUCGGCUGCUCAGACAAAAUACGAAGCCCAUUGAGUCACCUAGUCGGAGCGAGGAUGCAACGAAUCAGAUUGGGGGUUAUGUUCACGGGUUCGGGGUCCCUACGACUCUCAGCCGCGAUGACUACUUAUCCAAGAUGCCUCCGUCUCUGGCGAUGAGUCCGCCGACAAUGAAUCCAGACAAAGGAAGCACGACUUUGAGCCCAGCACAGCAGCUGCAGCUGCUCAGACAAAAGACGAAGCCCAUUGAGUCACCGAGUCGGAGCGACGAUUCAACUAGUCAGAUUGGGGAGCUCAGUUAUGGUGGCGAAAAAGUAGUACUGGGUCGGCAAGCGACUGGAGUCGGUAGGAAAUACAAUACGAUUUUGAGCCCAGCACAGCAGCUUCGGCUGCUCAGACAAAAUACGAAGCCCAUUGAGUCACCUAGUCGGAGCGACGAUGCAACGAGUCAGAUUGGGGAUUAUGUUCAUGGGUUCGGGGUCCCUACGACUCUCAGCAGCGAUGACUACUUUCCCAAGAUGCCACCGUCUCUGGCGAUGAGUCCGCCGACAAUGAAUGCAGACAGAGGAAGCACGACUUGGAGCCCAGCACAGCAGCUGCAGCUGCUCAGACAAAAGACGAAGCCCAUUGAGUCACCAAGUCGGAGCGACGAUUCAACUAGUCAGAUUGGGGAUUAUGUUCAAGGGUUCGAGGUCCCUACGACUCACGGCCGCGAUGACUACUUUCCCAAAAGGCCUCCUUCUCCGUUGAUGAGUCCGAUGACCAUGAAAGCAGACAGACCCAGACCGACGAAGGCACUUCAGCGAGUAGAAUCCACGGGUUCUUCUGUCGGGCGUGUUGGUCAAACACAGAGGCCGAGUAGUGGGCGUCAAAUCAGAGAGAAGCAGCUUCCUCAUCGAAUGGCGAUCAAACCAACUCUGCUGGAUCACGAGUCUAGCGAAACAAAACAAGCGUACAGACACAGAAGAAGAGGGACCCACCACAAGAUGACUCACGAGGGCCCACAUAGAGAGAUUUCGCCACCGUGGGAUGAAGAAUCGCACGACUCCUCGGCCUCGUACCUUUCCUCUUCUUCCUCUUCUGGCCCGUUGCCCAGUCAGAUCCGCUCCUCCGACCUUUCCUCCUCUCCCUCUUAUAGUUCACUGCCCAGUCAGAUGCGGGCCCACCAUCGUAUUGGUUUAACGUCAGCAAGAAUGACAAGUGGAAGCAGAUCUGAGGAGAGUAGCUCUGAGUUGGAGGAGAGUGAUAGUGAGAGUGAGAGUGGCAUUAGCGUUCCGCGGACCCACUCUAAAGAUGCGGAUCCACCUCGAAGAAUAGGUCCCAGUAGAACAUACAGAUCGGACCGUAGAAGGAAUUCGGGUAAUGCGAUGGGACGAUUCAGGAGAUUCAAAAACAAGUUGGGGCUAAUUUUUCACCACCACCACCACCACCACCACCAUCAUCACCAUCAAGAUGAUAGUGGUCAUUCCCAAGCGGACCGCCACAAUCAAUCUCUAUGGAAGUCUUCGCAGAAGAUGUUUCAACGGUCAAACCUACAUGAUGUCCGCCACGAUCCAAUGGUUCAGAAGGUGAAAAGAACAAAGGUGCAUAAUGUCCCGAGCAAGCACCAAGUUGGACAUUUUCAUGCGCUGGUGGAAGGGCUGCUGAGGCAUGUUCAGCAUUCGAAGAGAUCAAAGCCGCCACGAGGUGGGAUGGUAGGGUUAGGGGACAAUAUUGGCACACGUGGUGGUAAGAAUGGGGUGAAGAAGUUACGAUGGUGGAAGAUGUUUAGGCGCCACGGUGGAGUGAAGAUUCCGAAAAGACGGCGCGUAAGAGGAGUAGGGUAUUUGAAGAAGAAGAAAAAACCGCUGCUUAAAAUGAGUUAAAAACUUAAUUCAAUUAUUUGUAUUCUUCAAAUCUUAAAAACCUGCAUUUCAAUCCCCUUACAAAAAUCAAACUGUGUAUUGACUCACUGCUGCUACUUGCUAGAAACAGAAGAAGUUAAUACUAGUCUAGAAAUAACCCUCAAACCAGUUAAAAAUAGAUACAAAAUAUUGAGGCUAA